AUGUCUUCUCCAAAAACUCGUGCUCAAUCUUCCUCUUAUGUUCCUCCUGCCUACAUUACUGGGGCUGGAGUGGACAACCAUGCUAUCGAGGCUCGGAGACCUCACUGGUUUGGCCAUGUUCCUGCUGAAAUGGUAGAGCUGUUCAAGAACGAUGCUGAAGCUCCUCUGUGUUUCCAGAGUUCUUCUGCCCUGGCUUCCCAUACUUGGGUUAGCAAGAAUCUGAGCUGCUCAUUCCCCUCGAGCGAAGUGAGGAACAGUCUAGUGAAGUGGGCUGACUGGAUUGACAGGCUCUUCCCGCGGUAUGGAGCUCAUUGUAAGAGGGCUGGUAUUUAUGACGCCAUCCUUCUAUUCAAGCAGUCUAUUAAUAGAGAUGAAAGUCUUUUGGCUGCCGCCCUUUGCUUUUGGAAUUCUGGUAGCAACACAUUUGAUUUUCGUGUGGGCCCCAUGGCUCCAACCCUGCUGGACAUGGCCCAAAUCUUUGGAUUUAGACCUCAUGGUCACCCUGUGGAUGCAGUGAGUGAUUACCAUAGGAAGAAGAACCAGGAGAAGGAUAUGGAUAUGGAUCAGUACUACUCCUGCAACAAUCAACCAGAACUGCUCCUGCAACAAUCAACCAGAACUGCUCCUUCUCCAACUACCUUAGGAAGUUCAGUGCUGAGAAGGAUAUGGAUCAGUUGCAUAUGCUAUUCCUCCUAUACUGGCUGA